AUGAAACUCGAUCUCGAAACUCGUAGGCAGGAAACUGAGCUUCGUAACGAUGAGCUGAAGAAAAACUAUGAACUGCAAGUAAUGAAAGCUGAUAUGGCGCAUCAACACAAGAUUGCUGAAUUUGAUAACGCAAAUGAAACAAACAAAUUUACAAACGGGGAAAGAAAUU